AUGGAGCACAUGAAACCAAGAGAACUUGAAUGCACACCCACCAGCAUGGUAUGGGAGGGAUACAUAAUGCAUUCCACCAAGGUAGAAUCAGUGCUUUGUCUUUCUGCUGAGAGUGCAGAGUGGAUUGGGGCAAAACGUAGUGAAGAAAUGUGGCUGGCAGCUCGGCCCGAUGCAUGCUAUCUACGGCCAAGUGCUCUGUCCUGGAUCCAACACUCGCUUUGUGGUGCUGGGUGCUGGUGCAUGCUGUUUCUUGUCCAUUUUCCAUUGCGCAUGCCCGAAGCGAACGACGCAAUUUCAGUGCCGCUUUGA